AUGCCCAACCCAUCAGCAGCUUCACCGCCGAACAAUAGCAAUACAUUGUCUGCUGAUUCAUCUUCAUCACCAUCGUCAUCAGCAGCAGCAACAGCAUCAUCAUCAUCAUCAUCAUCAUCAUCAUCAUCAUCAAGAUUCAAUACACACACGAGCGAUAUACCGUUACUUACAGCCCCUUUUUUACAUUAUAUACCCACUUCACCUCCUUCUCAAGAAUUGGACUUUCAUUUACCUUCUCGUACACCACUUCAUGGACUAACGGUAGCUGAAUGGGCAGGCACAAAGUCAAGUAGAUGUCCUGCAAGUAUUACAGCAGCAUCUGCCACAGCAUCAGCAACAUCCACAACAUCAACAACAUCAUCCGCAAACAUCACAACAUCCGCAACAACAUCCCACACAUUUACGACAUCCACCAGUAACAACAAUAAUCUCAACAAACCAAUCGUAUUGAAGGAUUCAGCAGAAGAUAAUUGGAAAGAUGUAUAUCGCAAUAUCAAAUGCAUGGAUCAGCUCUACGAUGCUUCAUUUUAUUCCUGGCUAAAAUCAGAAGAAAAUGUGUUGGUCACUGCCAUGUAUCUACAUCGUAUUGCGAAUGAAUAUCCUUUGGUUCGCAUCAUAAAUGCCUUGAAAUGGCUUAUAAGCGAUUGGCGAUUAGAGAGUAUAAGCACUCUAGUACGACAUGUGACCGUAGACUGGUGUGAUGAAGCAGGCAAGUACAAACAUAUAUUCAAAAGGGUUCUCUCCUAA